AUGCGGGAGACAACAACAAAAACUAAUGUUCUUUGUCGAAAAAGUUAUAGAUACUGUUGUGUUUACGUCUUCACCAAAAAUACGGGGGCUAGCGAAGCCCCAGUGCCCCGGAUGCAGGGGUGGGAAAUCCGCACACGCUUAUACCUCUCUCAGACUCAAGGAGCCGCUUUCAGGACGCUACCAAACUUGCACGGCCGAAGGGACCCCAGAGACCGACCUCCGGUGCCACUCCGGCAGCUGCGGCUUGGGAGCCCCAGCAGAGCACGGCCCCGCCCUCCUGGCCGCGCACGCGCAGUCGCUCGCCGGCCACGCCGGCGGCUGUUGUCGGCUCUCGGUGGGCGGGGCCGCCGGCAGAGCACAGGCGUAUCCCGGCGGGGGGCCGGCGGGGGUUCGGUCUUCCAGAUCCACGCGUGGGGACGGCGGCUGAGCGUGCGAGGCGGUCGUUGCUUUUCCGAGUCAUUCUCUUCCAGGCUCGGUCCGGUUGUCAUCAUGGCCCGUGGAAAUCAACGAGAACUUGCCCGCCAGAAAAACAUGAAGAAAUCCCAGGAAAUUAGUAAGGGAAAAAGAAAAGAGGAUAGCCUGACUACCUCUCAGAGGAAGCAGCGGGACUCUGAGAUCAUGCAACAAAAGCAGAAGGCAGCCAAUGAGAAGAAGUCUAUGCAAACAAGAGAGAAAUAA